UUUUUGACACUUUUUUUUUUGGCUUGGUUUUUACAAAGGUAGUUCACUCAACUUAGUCCUUGCCUGCCCAGAUCACCCAGCAGCAGCAGCUCCCGAAAACAUCAGUGGGACUGCACAGCACACAAGUGACUGGAUUGUGCUUUAUUAGUUCAGUAAUGCCUGAGGAAGUGACUUACGCUACCCUCAAAUUUCCAAAUACUUCUCAGUCAAAGAAACUUCUGGAGAGCUGCAGCCUCGAGAGAACAGAAAACCAUGAAAUGCCAGAAUUGAAGCUGAAUAAUGCAGCUGAAAAUGGACCAACGAGUAUUGAGAGCACAGCUGUGUUGCCAGAAAGCAGAGCCGUGAGAGGCCUCCCGGUAGGACAUUCUGUUCCAUUGAAAGUGUGGGGCCCUGUUGUUUUCAUUUUGCUAAUGCUGAACUUGGCCGUGCUGGCUGGACUGGGAACCCUGAUCAUAAUGAAUUACCAGGAACUCUUCUCCAGCAACAGAACAGUUUAUGACAAUGACAGGCAACAAAACAUAAUAACACAGCUGGAGAGAAAUAGAAUAUUAUACAUGGAUAUGUAUAAAAAAUUCUCAAGUGAGCACUUUGCUUUAAAAAAUAUGGUUGAAAAUACAUUAAAAUCAUUGAAAAACUUUACCUCAAAAUACGAUGAAGUUGUAAAGAAGAAGAAAAAUGACCUCAGAUUUUGCUCAUGUUCAGAGUCAUGCAAAUGGCAUGGAGAUAGUGGGAAGAAUUUCUCCUCCCUGAUAUGUGACAUUGAGAAAAAUGGCAAUACAACUCAGCUGUUCAUUAGGUGUCUUCCAUCACCUGUCUCCUGGAUGCAUCUGAAUUGUACAGUACCCAAGAAAAAAGAGAGGACAGAAUAUGAAUCAAAAUUUUGCAUUUUGCCUGUGAGUUAGCCCCUUCUAUUUUUUUAAUAACAAAGGAAUGUCUGCUAUGCUAAUUUUGGCUAUAUUUAUCUGACAGUCAUCCUCCAUAUAUGAUUAAAGAUGAAAAAAGAGAAGGCAAGAAAUUAUGGGAACAUUUAUAUAUAUAUAAAAGAAGACCCUUGGAAUUAAGAGCACAGAAGGUAGAAAUUCAGAAGUUUUGCUAUACUUCCUAGCCCUUCCUUUUGCACUAAGAAGUGAAAAGCAUAAAAGCAAAAUCAAAUCAUGACCAAGGGUGUUACCCUGUGUGAUACACAAUAAUGUGUCCCUUUGCAGCCAAGAAAAUUCUGCUGUGUUUCUACUUUGCAUAUUGUCUAAGUAAAUAAUAUAAGCUUACAUCCUUUAUUAAAAUAUUAUGCAAGCAUUUUUAAGAGACUUACAGUGAGGGUAACCUUAUGCUUUAUCACCCAAACCAGAAUACUUUUCAGAGUGAAAGGAGGCACUGUAGGUAGUUACAUCAAGACAUUGGGCAUAAAAUCAGAUGUGUCCUGAACAAGCCAAGGUUACGCAUGACCUCUUGGAUGAAAUUGUGAACAGAAGGCCAAGAGGUAACUUGAAGGUUUUAGAGAGUUGAGGGCUCUUGUGAAUUCUCUCACAGUGGUAUAAGGAAUCACCCUAGCUAUUGUUACUUUUUUCUUUUCUUUUUUAACUUAAAUAAUCUAACAAGAAAAUUAAAAAAUAAGUUAUAGAUAGAACAGAUUGGAUUCAUGAAGUAAUUGUCCCUUUUUAAGAUAAGGGAAACAUGCAAUCCAUUUUUAUUCAUUCAUUUAUUUAUAAGUUUGGCACCCUUAUAAAUGUUGCAAAUGCUAAAACAGUGAUGUAGGUAAUAUUCAAUGGAAAUGAAAUAAUUGGAAAAUCUGAUGACUCCAGUAGCUAAUAUUUGUGAAAACAAAGUAGAUAUGCCACAUUUUUUUAUCCUAGGUAAAUGCAAACUCAUAGCUUAUUGUAACACCACAGGAUAUAAAAAGCAUUAUAGCAGCUGAAGCCAUGCACAAUCUCAGUAUCAAAGGGGAAAUUUUGAUUGUUUUGUCUCAAAAGAUUAAAAACUAUAU